CCACUCGAAUCGUCAUUUGUCCGUCAAGUGACGAUAGUGUUUCUGCAGGUGCUCGACUAGGUGCAGCGUUGGCGCAUUUGGAGCUAAAAAAUAUAUGACGAUGGCCUCAGCAACAGAUGCCCGCUAUGGACAGAAGGAGUCUGCCGACCAGAACUUUGACUAUAUGUUCAAGAUCCUGAUCAUCGGUAACAGCAGCGUGGGUAAGACAAGCUUCCUGUUUCGCUACGCUGACGACUCGUUCACCCCAGCCUUCGUCAGCACAGUGGGAAUCGACUUCAAGGUGAAGACCAUCUACAGGAACGACAAGAGAAUCAAGCUGCAGAUCUGGGACACAGCCGGACAGGAGCGGUACAGGACCAUCACCACGGCCUACUACCGAGGAGCUAUGGGCUUUAUCCUCAUGUACGACAUCACCAAUGAGGAGUCCUUCAACGCCGUGCAGGACUGGUCGACACAGAUCAAAACGUACUCCUGGGACAACGCCCAGGUGCUGCUGGUGGGGAACAAGUGCGACAUGGAGGACGAGAGAGUGGUGGCUGCGGAGAGGGGCCGGCAACUCUCCGAACACCUGGGGUUUGAGUUCUUCGAGGCCAGUGCCAAAGACAACAUCAACGUGAAGCAGACCUUUGAGCGACUGGUGGACAUCAUCUGCGAGAAGAUGUCCGAGAGCCUGGACGCAGGGGACCCUGCCGUGACGGGGGCCAAACAGGGCCCCCAGCUGACCGAGCAGCCAGCGGCCCCACAUCAGGACUGUGCAUGCUAAAAACGACAACAACAACAACAACAACAAACAAACACUCCCAGUGUACACAGGCUCUCAUGCAUACAGCCAUGUAUAGGCACAUCCGCACACACACUAUCACACACACCAUCUCUGCCAGGCUCCCCCUCACCUUUCUCCCUUAGCUAGCGCGCGUCGAGCGGUAGCCGCCGGAAGAAAGAAACGCUUUCUUUCUAAUGUGCUCUUCGUCCCCGUCUGUGUCCCAUCUGCCCUGUUCUUUUUUAUCCUUUCAGAGAAAUAGCAAAUUCACUGCAUUCACUCGUCUUGCGUCAGCAUUCCUUGGCCUUUGUGGAAGACAAAGAAAGCCAUAUAUCUGAUUGGUUUGGUUUUUAAGGGUUAGUAAAUAUGGAGAAAACUGUGCUGAAAUUUAGACCAGUCAGUGGAAUAUGAUGCACAUUUUUAAUCGAGUUUCAUUCUUACUGCCUUUCAAGCACCUUCAGUUGGUUUUAGUUUUCUUUAAACUAUAUUUUUGUAUUUUUUGUGUGGUGGUUUGUGUGUGUGUGUGUGUGUGUGUGUGUAUGCGUGCGUGUUUCUUUAUUUCAGCUAAACUUGUGGCAUAGAAAAUAUGAACAAAUAGAUACCUAAAAUUAGAGAACACAUAUAUCUUUAUAUAUUUAUUUCAAGGUGUGUAUAUACAUUGUGUAUGUUAUAGAUGAGAUACAUCUCAAAUGAACUUUCAAAACAACAGUAAGUAACGUAAGACUAUGACUGGUUUUUGCAAGCUGUUUUUGCCACCAUAAUGACUACUACCAAAAAUCUUCAUAGUGCGAUACAUGCAGCUUUAUCAGAUAGGCUUACAAAGAUUAGCUGGAACAUAUUGACAAACAGAUGCAUCUAGCGAUGCAAAUUUGCAUGGGGAGAUAUCAAGAUUUUUCUGCAGUGUAAAAACCCUACUAAAUCUAAGAUCUGUAAAAGAAAAGGAUUUUUAUCUAUUUUAGCUCUUUCCAAUCAGGCUCAUCUCUGUAUGUGCUCACCAUCGCUAACGUGUGGUGUGUGGCCUCCGCUGAGCGAUCUGAGGGCUGGUGUGCUUGCUCCGUUGUGGUGACCGUUGUGGUGUCCUGCAGCGGCAUAAGUAAGAUGAAAAGCUAGAUUCCCUGUGUAUGUUUGAGAGAAUUGUUGGCAUGUUACUGGUUACUUUAUGUGCAUUACGACUUUUAUUUGCAAAUAUCAUUGAUUUGUGUCACCUUUGAGAUGCAAUACAUUAAAUGUUGUGUUUAAAUAAA